AUGAAGGAAUGCAAAAAGUCUGUCCUCGCUUCAUUACUGAAACCACUUCUUGCUGCUAAAUUAGAAAAGAAAGAGGGGCAUUGUAGUAAAUGUGGAGUUUGCGGGCCUCCACCUCCACCUCCAACUCUAGUCCUCAUGCCUGCUGCCCCACCACCAGGCUGUCUACCACCGCCACCUCCACCUAUGGUCCUGCCAAUGCCACCGCCCGCACUGCCAUCUCUACCACCCAUCGUACUGUCAGCACCCCCACCACAGCCCAUGUGUCUCCCACAGCCACCAAUGAUACUUCCUGCACCUCCUUCACCAUUCGUAUUCUCAGCACCUCCACCACCGAUAAUGCUCCCACCUCCACCUCCCGCACCUAUGUUUUUACCUCCUCCACCCGCGCCAAUGUGCCUGCCACCUCCUGCGCCUGCUCCUCUAGUGAUAUCCCUUGUACCUCCAGCACCUCCUCCAUGUUCAUGCUGCCCGCCUCCACCUCCAGGGUUGCCUAUGACAGCGUUCAUGGUCCCACCUCCCGUGCCUGUAACUUUGGAACCAAAACCCAUUGAAUUACCUAAAUGCAGUUGUCAUUAUUUGUAG